CUUUCAAUGUUUCUAAAUUAGGAGAGGAAAUUUAAGCGGAUAUGAGACUCACAAUCUCUACGAAAUCCGCGGCAAAUUUUAUCUUCCCAAAACAACUAACUUUGGAUUGUACAAAAAAUGGAAGUCCAAAAUUUGAGGAGCAAAAUCAUCAUUCUAUCAGGUGCUGAUCAGAUAAUAAUGUACGGAAAAAUGCAGAAAAAAUGCUAGUAAUUCACUUAUCAUUUUGAUAUCUAUAUCAAAUUUCUGUUUAUUCAGGCAUUUCAUCAAACAGUUGGAGGGGAUAACUCUCAUGUUUUGGUGAAAUCUUUUUGAUGAUAUUAACCUUUUUAUCUCAACCCAUCAUCAUUUUACUAUUUUAUUAAUGAAUUAAUGUUUCUCUUGGAAUAACAUGAUCCAGCUUGUUUACAUUGUAAAUACUAUACCUUGUAUUUACUUGCUUUUGGAUGUAUUCCGUUUAUUUAGCCUUUUAGUUUGGAGAAGAAUUCUUUGAUCAUCAAAAUACUUCAAGAGAUACAUUGUUUUUCAGAUUUUUCUGGGGUAGUCAAAAUUAUGUAUAGAUUUCAUCUUUUCUUGAACCCCAUUUCUUCUGUUGUCAAAUUUUAUGGAAGCAGCAAAGGAAGAAAUUAUAUGUUUAGCCUGUUUAUAGACAUGAACUUGUUGAUAUGAGCUUAGAAUAUCAGAAUAAAGAUAUCGAUAUUUACAUUGGGCUAAAUGAUCUGUAUGAUAUGGUCAUCUUAUUUUAGAGAUAGGAUUGUCUAGAAAAUGGUGGAGAGGUGGAACCCAUAUGAAAUUCAUCUGUCCUGGUUCAUGGUAUUAGCAGUUCUUUCCGAAAUUCGAGAGUGUGAAUCUCUCAAUCCUGAAGGAUUAGCAUUGCUCGAGAUACGAGAAAGAAUAGAGAAUGAUCCUUGUGGAGCUUUUGCAAACUGGAAUGCAAAUAACUCUGAACCUUGUUUGUGGUCAGGUGUUCAAUGUGUAGAUGGAAAGGUGCAAAUGUUGGAUCUCAGUGGAUUUUCAUUGCAAGGAACGUUAGCACCAGCUCUGAAAAAACUACGAUUUAUGAGAUCAUUAGUGAUGAGCAACAACCAUCUGUCAGGUUCUAUCCCUAAAGAGAUUGGAGAGCUUAAACUACUAGAAGUAUUGGACUUGAGUCAUAACAAUUUGAGUGGAAUUGUUCCUUCAGAGUUUGGUGGGAUGCCAUCACUAAAAUGCUUGUUGCUUUGUGGUAAUAAUUUUCAUGGAGAUGUGUUGCCUGCUACUAGCAUGCUUGAUUGUUUUCGUGAAUCUGAAUAUAGUAACCAGAUCAAGUCAAUUGCCACUGGAGCAAAGUAUUGCAUACAAAGGAUUGGACAACGUUACUGGUGGCGUGUAUUGAACCAGUUGAAGAACUUCUUUAGCCUUGGCUUUAUUUUGGAGACCAAGCAUAAGAAGUGUUACUUUUGUGCUGACAGAAAUAUUUGCGACUGUAAUGUAUCAAGUACAGCUAUAGACUAUGUUCGCCGUCGUUUGUUUGUUGAGUCAAGUAACCUUGCUGCUGCACCCUCAAAAGCAGCUAAAUUCUCACAAAAAGGCUCCUCGUCUAUCUUAAGCAGUGGAGCUUAUCCUGUUCAUUUGGAAAAACCUUCUGUACCAAUCGAGACUGCUACUUUUCCUUCUGCAGCCUCAGAUGAUCAUCCUACAGCAAAUGAUUUUCUUGGGAAAAUUAUUAUUUUUGUAGUUGCAAGCAUAGCAGCAGUUACUCUUUUGUGUUUUGCCUUAGUAGCCCUACGGCGCUACAGUGGAGCUAAGGUUGCACGAGCGCAAGAUGCUGCCCUACUUCAUCGCUUGAGCAAGGUCUUUGUAACAGGUGCUCCCAGGCUAACUUCUGCAGAGCUGCAGACAGCUUGUGAAGAUUUUAGCAAUAUUAUUGAAACUUCCACGGGGUGUUUGGUGUUUAAGGGAAUACUGUCAAGUGGAGUGGAAAUUGCUGUUUUGUCUUCUUCAAUCAGGUCACUACAACAAUGGUCAAGUAGUGCAGAAAGAGAAUUUUAUAGAAAGAUGGAUACUUUUUCUAGGAUAAACCACAAGAACUUUGUAAAUCUUCUUGGCCAUUGUGAAGAGGACGAUCCAUUCGUGAGGAUGAUGGUGUUUGAAUAUGCUUCAAAUGGGAACCUUUACGAGCAUCUUCAUGUUAAGGAUAUGGACCAUCUUGACUGGACCACUAGAAUGAGAAUUGUCAUGGGAACUUGUUAUUGUCUCGAACACAUGCAUCAUGAGCUUAAUCCUCCGAUCACCAUUCCAUAUCUCCAGUCAGAUUCAAUUUUGUUGACGGAUGAUUAUGCUGCAAAGGUUGCAGAUGUCACCUUCUGGUCUGAUAUUGAAGCCAAAGCAAAAUUUUCAGAUGACGACGAAUCAGAACCUUUGCAUUCAAAACCAGGUCCCACCCUUGAAGAUAAUGUGUACAGUUUGGGGAUAUUGUUGCUAGAAAUAAUAUCAUCCAAGUCGCUUAGUGUGCAGGCCAAGGAAUACUUGAGUGAUAAGGAAAAACAUAUCAAUUUGAUUGAUCCUUCUCUAAAGUCCUUCAAGACCAGUGAGUUGGAAAUUGUCUGCGAGGUUAUCUGUGAGUGUAUUAAUGAAGAUCCAAGGCAGAGACCAACAAUUAAAGAGGUAACCGCCAAACUGAUGACGGUGAUUAAAAUCUCCCAAGAUGCUGCUACAUCUAGACAUUCCCCGUUAUGGUGGGCAGAACUUGAGCUUCUCGAGUCUGGUUAAGUUUCUUGUCUUAACUUGCAUCUUGAUUAUAUACCUUGUGUCCGUUGAUACUCAAGUUUGGAGCAGAAUCGAGGCUAUGAAUUCACAUGGAGUUGUGGAGUAACGCUUGAUACAUCAUCGUGUAAGCUAAGAUUAGCUUGGGUUUCUCAGAAGAAAAGCUUCAACUUCUGCAAUCAGAUACAUAUUAGUUGUUUUUCUUUAGAGAAGAGUCUUUGAUAAUAACGUUUCAAUCAUUGACACUGUAAUAUACUAAUAGGCAUUGUUCCGUUUCUUAUUUUGGAAAAAUAUUUUUUAUUGAAACAAAAAACCUACUUGAGAAUAUUAUGUAAGAGCAUUGUCUUUCAUUAUCAAAUUCAUCACCAAUCUAUUUCCCAUGAUGCUUUUGAAAACUUUCAAGUCGGAUUAUUUUUCCAUUUGGGUGAAAACAAAAAUAUUAUUUAGGAAAUUUCAUAUGCUGACUUUAAGUUUUUGGCCUUAUCAUGUGGUGGACAAACAUUUUUUAU